UUGAGCGUCGUCACUGCGUCGCGCGUCGUGCGUGUUUGUGUACAUUUAGUUUCGUGUUUUUUAUAAAAAACAUAUAUAAUUAUGACCGGUCGCGGUAAGGGAGGCAAAGGUCUGGGAAAGGGAGGAGCUAAGCGUCACAGGAAGGUACUCCGUGAUAACAUCCAAGGUAUCACCAAGCCGGCCAUCCGUCGUCUCGCCCGCAGAGGAGGCGUCAAGCGUAUCUCCGGUUUGAUAUACGAGGAGACUCGUGGUGUCCUCAAGGUGUUCCUCGAGAACGUGAUCCGCGACGCGGUCACUUACACCGAGCACGCCAAGAGGAAGACCGUCACUGCUAUGGACGUCGUCUACGCUCUGAAACGUCAGGGCCGCACCCUCUACGGUUUCGGUGGUUAA